CCAUCACGUACCGUAGUAAAAACGUUGAUGUUGACGUCAUUCCGGCGGGUUUUUCGGACUUCUUCUGUAGCCUCGUUGAUGUAUGUUGAUGGUUAUUAAAAACAAAGUUUACGUAGGAGUGUGGCGCACAUCGAUUCGAACAUACUUGAGGUUAUGAUUGCAUGGUGUGCAGGGUGAGAGUCGCUUCAUCAUGAACGGGGCCCGCUUCUUGGACCUUCUGUCCCGCCUGGGCUACCCUGACGCCUCGUCUCUGAACCCCUCCGACUUCGAUGGCAUGUUUGACACCACCACCGAGAACAAGGAGUUCAUUAACCUCUUGUGCAGCCUCGGCCCUCAGAACGUCCUGUUAGAGGAAGAACUCCAGUCCUACCACGCCUUGGAAAAGUCCGGCAAAACCCUCCUCACAGAGCAGGUGUUGGACGAGAUGGAGCACCUGAAGAACUCGGCAGGAGCUGGAGACGAGGAUGAGGAUGAUGACAACGUCAAUGGCGAGGGGGAAGAUGAAAGGAGCAUCGCUGAGCUGGAGCAGGAGCUGGAGGAUCUGCGCAGGCAGCAGCGCGCCAGUCAGAAGCGGCUGCAGCAGCUGCAGUGCCUGCGCCUGUCCCGGGACGAGCAGGCCGCCGCGCUGGCCCACCACCACCGCUCGCAGAGCCGCGUCCAGAGGGAGAGCCUGAGCCUGGGGGAGGCGGGCGAGGCCGGGGACGGCGUCAAGGCCAUCGCCAGGGAGAACGUGGCCACCAACGGGGCCCUGCAGGAGCUACGGGAGGAGGUGGAGAGGCUCCAGGGUCUGACGCUGAUGAGCGAGGACAAGGGAGAGGAGGUGCAGCAGCAACAACAACAACAGGAACAGAUGUCGGUGGAACAGCAGGCGAGGCUUCCAGCCGCUUCUCUGCUCUCCCAGUUGCCUUUGGAGCCCUACCUGCAGGAGACGCGGGUCACCCAUAAGAGUGUUAUGGAACACUACAAGACACGUUCUGCCCAACUGGAGGAGGGCCCAGGGGUGGUGGAGGAAGAGGAUGGGAUGGAGGAGGAGGAGGAGGGGGAUGACAACGAUGACAAGAAUGCGGUGCGGCGUGCCAAGAGAGAGAUGGAGAAGCUGCAAGCGGCAAACAUGCUGAUCCAGGGUCAGCUACUGCAGGCUCGGGCAGAGGAGGCUGGAGCCAUCGCUACGAAAGACUGGCUCUGUCAGCAGAAACAGCUGCUCGUAGAGCUGCCCGCCCCUCUCCCUGACCCUGAGGGUGUCCCCGCCCCAGAGAAGGAGCGUGUGUGGUCAGCGCUGCUGCGGCGCACCCAGCAGCUGUGCUCGGCGGUGCUGUGGGGCCAGACGCGGGAGCAAGGGGAGCUGACGCAGGAGCACGCCCGCCUGCAGGAGCUCCUCCUGGGGGAGCUGCUGCAGCAGAAGGCCCAUCUGGACCUGCUGCACUGCGGCCUGCAGAGCGAGAGGCAGGGCCACGGGCGAGCGGUCACCCACACCGGCAAGGUGGCCCGGGGGCUGAGGGAGGAGGCGGCAAGGCUAGCGGAGCGGGCCAAAGAGCUCCAGAGGCUCCAGGAGAAUGCGCCAGAACCUGACCCCAUACUCAGCGUCACCGACCCCACAGUCCAGAGGUUGCUGCAGAUGCUGGAGUCCGGUGAGAGGAGCAGGGCGGAGGGCUGGUUCGCGGGUGUGACUGACGUGGCCACCGUGGCCUCCGACAGCCAGGCGGAGCUGCAGCGUGGGGGCGUGGCCGAGAGCGACGAGCGGGCCAAUCAGCAGCGGCUGGUGUCGGAGCUGGAGAAGGACGGCAGGCGCCUGAAGCGGUGGGCGGAGCCAGGACAGAGCACCGCUGCAGCAGUAGCCGCCUCCCACCUCUGUCCCAGUGCACAGGAGCUGAGGCGCUACGUGCAGGAGCUGGAGCAGCAGAGUGGCUGCCUGUACGCCGCCCUCCAGCAGGUGGCAGCAGAGCUGAGCUCCAAACGGAGCCAGCUGCAGCGCAGCGGCACCCUGAGGGCCGAGAGGGAACUCUACACGCUGUUCCACUCGGAGCCCAACGCCCUGCGUCAGGCGGUGGAGAGCCAGGAGAGGAGGCAGUAGAGCGAGCGGACUGGAGUGAGCUAUUGAUCAGCCCUGUCGGACACGUGUACCUGCAUUUCAUCAAAAACAAUGGACACAUAAAAGAGGUGUUGCUGGUGGCGGUGAUGGUGGUGGUGGUGGAGAGCACGAAGGCUCUUUAGUCUCACGAGGGAAGGGUUUAGCCCAUUCAUUUUAUUCAUACUGUGUUUUACUAAACAGGGAAAUGUCUUCAUUGAUGAGUUAUCUGUUUGUUUUAUGCCUCCCAAACUGACUCUGAUAGGCUCCGUUGAACUGACUGCCAGACAGUGAUGUAAAAAUUUCCAUAUUUCCAUCAUUAUUCUGAACUGAUAAUGAAGUCGUUGGACUAUAUAUAAUCUCGUGCCUACAUACAUAAAUUCUGUGUUUUUUAUGACAAAAGUUAAUUGAUUUACUGCCCUUGCCAAUUAAUUCAUGUAUUCAGAAGACAUGCAAGAAGAUUACCAUGGCAUGAAAUGUUAAUUUUUUUUGUAACGUGUAUGUCUUUAAAAAAAAAAAAAAAAAAAUACAGACAGCUAUUAGCUUAAUCAAAAUAACACAUGCAUAUUAAUUCACUGUAUAUGUAUAGAUGCUGUCUAUAAACCCUGAAGGCACA